AUGCGUCUGUACACCGUCCUACUCGCCACCGCUGCCGCGAUGCUCGCCAGCAACGCUGCGGCCGACAAAUGCACUAUUGUCACCAAGGCGCCGGCUGUCACGACCGCGCCCACUGGCUCAUACGACGCGUCCAGCGGAUCUGCAGUGACCCAGGACUCCACUGCCGCCUCGGCCGUUGACGCCAGCCAGGCUUCGAACGCCGACGACACGAACCAGGGCGUUACCCAGACCUCUGGCUCGGAUGCUCCGUCCAGCGACGACGACACCGAACAGACUUCUGGCUCGGGAGCUCCGUCCAGCGAUAACGCAUCCCAGAACACCGACGUUGCUGCCUCCUCGGACACUGCCGGCGAGGCGGACACCGGCGUCGACUUCACGGCCACCCCGACCGCAACUACUCUCGCCCCUACUGUUGCCUCCAGCUCCAGCGGCUCACUCGCCAGCUCUAGCUCCAGCUCUGCUUCGGUCCCUACUACGUCGAGCAACUCCACGGCUACCUCCACCACCUCCGGCGACAACUCGAAGCUUUGCGCCAAGCCGCGCGUGGUUGUCACGGAGGUUGAUGUCGGCGCCACUGUCGAGAACAACGAGGAGGAGGCCGCCCUCAAGGUUAUCGCCAUCGCUGCUCUGCCCUCAGGUGGCUCGCGCAUUGCCUUCCAGAGUGGUGACAACGUAAUCGUUCGCGAGCUGGACGCCAACGACAAGCUGGUGGCCAGCAGCCCCGCCGUCAAGGUGCCGAUGAACGACUUUGCCGACAUCUACGCCGACAAGAACGGCUUCGUUAUCCUCGGAACGAGAGACGCUGAGGGCGGCGGCACCCUCAACUGCGGUAACCCCAGCAACCUGUGCGGUUCGGCACCUAGCCCGGCGGUUCCCUGCUAUGACAUGUACAUGGCCCGUUACGACGGCGCGAGCGAGAAGUGGGCCACCAAGCUCACGUCAUCCAGCGCUUCGCUGCCUCCUUACUCGUCGUCGGCCAGCGGCCCGGACGUGUACAUGAUCUGGUGGUACGCUCACCACGGCCGCAUUGCAUUCGACGGUACCAACUGGGCCGCGUACUUCGGCGCUGCCAUCUCGACGUCGGAGGGCGGCUGCAUCAACAUCCACCAGGGCGACCGCAUGAAGGUUGUGAACCCGUCCGGCAAGAUCGCGGACAACAAGGACUCGUUCGACUGGGGCUGCUCGCACUCGGGCUACGAGCGUAUUACGUUCGACAACCGCACCAACAGCUUUGCCACGAUCUGCAAAACCGACAGCAACAACCGCCUCAUGCCACCGAACAACUGGGAUGUGACGGUCUACCCCGUGAACCUGGCUGCUGCCGACCUCGGUGACAUUGUCCCGGACGGAGACUCUUCCAGCAACAAGUACUGGUCGACUGUGAGCAACGGCGACGGCGACAACGCCAAGGUGCACCUGAUCCACUACGACCUCAAGUCGAAGGCCAGCGAGGACAUUGUCCUGGGCGGCACCGACGCCAACGAGCGCGCUCCUCACCUCGCCCCCAUCGGCAACGACGGUAUGCUCGCUAUGUGGGAGGGCAGCUCGUCGGGUGGUGACCUCCAGGAGGGUGGUGACCGCACGAUCUACGCCCAGGUGCUUGACCGUGCUACGGGCAAGGCCAUCAGCGAGAAGAUCACGGUGGACAAGUCGGUGGUGGGCAACCGCUACCAGGCCCUCAAGAGCUACCCGGACGGCAGCGUGGCGUACCUGUCGAAGGGCAAGACCGACACGUCGGUGCAGGUUGCGCGCUUCUUCGGCUGCUAA